GUCAACCUGAGCCGUAAAGCGUUGUGUUUUGGACUGGAGGAGGUCAUUAGAAAGUGAGGAGGAAGGAGUCCGGGCACAGACUAACUCAGUGCCAGCUAGUUUCUGGUGCCGAUGUGAGGCAAAUACAUUAUUUAACAACCCCGUGUAGAAUUUCAAGCGCUGCGAAAUGAUUCGUUUAAUUCUGCGGCUCAGGCCGUCCGCCGGGCUCUCCUGUCCCCGUGCCCUCCCGGCGGGGCCUUCAACACUCGGCUCUCGGUCUGUGCCCGUCACCGGCUGUCUGAGGCGGCUUCACUGCGGAGCGGGCUCCCGAGUCGUUUCCCUAGGUUCGAGUCUCGGUCACAGAACGACUCUCCUGCGGUGUCCUCAGCUGGCUGGUGGCUUUCAGAGCAGCCGCUUCUACAGUCUCCCUCCUCACCAGAAGGUGGAGCUUCCUGCUCUCUCGCCCACCAUGCAGACGGGAACAAUCGCUCGCUGGGAGAAGAAGGAAGGAGAUAAAAUCAGUGAGGGGGACCUUAUAGCUGAGGUAGAGACAGAUAAAGCCACCGUAGGCUUUGAGAUGCUGGAGGAAUGCUACCUAGCAAAGAUCCUGGUCCCUGAAGGCACCAGAGACGUCAAUGUUGGAUCAGUAAUCUGCAUCACAGUUGAUAACCCAGAGCUUAUCCCAGCAUUUAAGGACGCAACGUUGGAGUCUGUCAAAUCUGUUGGUGCUGCUCCUUCAUCUGCAGCUUCUGCUCCUCCUCCUCCUUCACCUGCCACGGCUCCUCCUCCUGCAGCACCAGGCAGCUCUUACCCCCCACACAUGAAGAUUGCACUUCCUGCACUCUCUCCCACCAUGACGAUGGGAACAGUGCAGCGCUGGGAGAAGAAGGUUGGAGAAAAGUUGAGCGAAGGAGAUUUACUGGCCGAGAUCGAAACUGACAAGGCAACUAUUGGCUUCGAGGUGCAGGAGGAGGGCUAUCUGGCUAAAAUCCUGAUAUCAGAGGGAACUCGGGAUGUUCCUUUGGGAGCGCCGCUCUGCAUCAUCGUAGAGAAAGAAAGUGACAUCGGUGCCUUCAAGGAUUACGUAGAGACCGGGGUGGGAGACGUGUCCAUGCCACCUCCUGCUCCCGCUCCCACUCCUGUAACGUUGCAGGCUCCAGUUCCCAGUGCUGCUCCAGCAGCUGCCGCCGCCCCAGCAACACCAAGGAAAGGCCGAGUGUUUGCCAGUCCACUGGCCAAGAAGCUUGCUGCUGAGAAGGGAAUUGACCUGGCACAGGUCAGCGGAUCUGGUCCUGAUGGACGCAUUACCAGGAAAGAUAUUGAAAGCUUUGUUCCACCAAAGGUUGCUCCUUCUGCAGCUGCUGCUCCCAGUCCUGCCGCUGCCAGAGCCGCUCCUGCAGCCGCCGCCGCAGCUCCAGCUGCUCCAGCUGGCACCUUCACAGACAUCCCCAUCAGCAACAUCCGCAAGGUCAUCGCUCAGAGACUGAUGCAGUCCAAGCAAACCAUCCCCCACUAUUAUCUCUCUGUAGAUGUCAACAUGGACCAAGUGCUUGAACUUCGAAAAGAACUCAAUGAGGAAGUGAAAGCCCAGAAUAUCAAGCUCAGUGUGAAUGAUUUUAUCAUCAAAGCCAGCGCUCUGGCCUGCCUCAAGGUUCCUGAGUGCAACUCCUCCUGGAUGGACACAGUCAUACGGCAGAAUCACGUGGUGGAUGUGAGUGUGGCGGUGAGCACAGCCAGCGGUCUCAUCACGCCCAUCGUUUUCAACGCCCACAUCAAAGGCCUCACCGCCAUCAGCUCUGAUGUGGCAGCUCUCGCAGCCAAAGCCAGGGAGGGCAAACUGCAGCCUCACGAGUUCCAGGGAGGAACAUUCACAAUCUCCAACUUGGGGAUGUUCGGUGUCAAGAACUUCUCGGCGAUCAUCAACCCGCCUCAGGCCUGCAUCCUCGCUGUGGGAGGCUCCGAGAAACGUCUGAUGCCCGCUGACAACGAGAAGGGGUUCGACGUAUCCAGCGUGAUGUCGGUAACGCUGAGCUGCGACCACCGGGUGGUGGACGGAGCGGUCGGAGCGCAGUGGCUCGCAGAGUUCAGGAAGCUCCUGGAGAAACCGGUCACCAUGCUGUUGUGAUCAGACUGAACCACCACUGAGCGGCAGCAGUGGGCGCACAGCUCACACCGAGGAGAUCUGAUUGGCCCAGAGCCUCGUGUGAUUGGCUGGCCUGCCAUAAGGUCACUCCCACUUAGCCUGACGGGGGAAGAGGCAGAACUCACUCCGAUUUCCUGUCUGUCCG